AUGGGAGAAGGGAUCAUGAAGAGCUCUGAAGGUUUCGCCUGGAUGUGGGGCACCGCCCUCGUGUGCUUCAUCGGCAUCGGGUACUUCAUGUGGAAGAAGAAGCAAGAACUGCUCACGGCCACCGCCAUUGGCCGCGUGCCGUCGGCAACCAACGUCGAAGAAAACAACGUGUAUGUGCCCAGUGCGACCCCCGUAGCCACCGCCGUGCCUGCCAAGGUUGUAGGCUUCCAUUUCUCAUACACGUACUCGUAG